AUGCCUACCACUCGACCACGUAAUAUUCCUGCUGCGAAACGAGGAGGAUAUGUUGACAAUAUUGAAAAUGUUGAAACGAAAUUAAAGUUAAUUACUUUAUUUCGUGAAAAUAACAAUUAUAUACCUUUAACCAGAAUACCUUCUUAUUAUUUUGCAAGAUUUCAUAGAGCAUUAGUUUAUAUGGGCAAAUUUAAAUACGCACUUACCAACGAGAUGAAUACAAUUUUAAGCCAACAUGAAACUAUUGAUUGUGGAGUCAUUGUCAGACUUAGCGAACCAUUACAAAAAGAAAGGAAUGAUCUUCUUCCAUUUAACAACAAUGGUUAG